AUGGAACCUCCUCUAAAGACAACUACAGUUAAAGGUUUUAUUACCGGCAUUGAGUGGAAAACAAGAUACAUUCCAAGUUUCAAAUCUCUUGUACUUAAAGUACAUACUCUCGUAACACAUACUUAUGCACUUUUGAAGUAUAUUUUUACGCAAGAACUUGAAAACAACAUGGAUUUUGCUUUACAGGACCUUGCCAAUGUUGAUUUCUUUAGAGAAGUCUUUAUUUCACUACUUGAUAACUAUAAACCAGAUAAAGCAAAACGAAAAGAAAAAGCAAGAAGUUACAAGGAACGUAUCAAUAAGCAUCGAGAUACCUUUUGCCAACUCGCCUCUUAUGUUCCAAUCAAACUGAAAUAUGCGCAACAAAUAGGAAGCUAUGAAGCUACGAAAAUCCACACUGCAUACAUGAAUGGCGUCGCUCUUCAUUUCGAGAACAGAUUGCGUAUGUUUUUGAACCUACUGUUAAAGAAGCAGGAAAGAAUUGGCGCUUUGAAAAGUGAAAUGAAAAAGAAAAAUUGCACAGAAAGCGAAAUCUCUACUGCAGUCAAAACCAUAGCAAGCCAGUGCACCAAAGUAAAAAUGAACAUCUCUCUGAGGAACAUCACUGAAUUGCCAGCACAUCUUUUUAACUUACGAGAAGUCGGCAUCCUUCAACAGUUUUUUGAUUGCUACCCUUCUGACACUCACUUCAAGAAGAAUUCUAUUUAUUAUGAUUAUGGUGUUGCCGUAUCUAUUUUGAAGCAGACCUAUGACAGUAAGAAGAAAGGUUCUGGAGGCGGCAUGCGAAAUGAUAAGAAGAUAGAAGAAGACAUUGCUUACAUAGAAAGUCUGUCGCAAGAAAAAUUUCAAGAAAGAACUUACAAAAAUAAUUGUGUUUUAAUUGACCUCGGACGGCGUGAUAUGUUGUUCUGUAUGCACGAAAGCAGUACCGUUGAAAAGAAAAGAACUUACCGUUAUAUGAGAAAUCAAAGGAACAUGGAAACAAAAACAAGAAAAUUCAUGAAACUUUGUGAAAGACUGAAACCAGAGGCCGUAAGCAAUGCAGAAGCAAUUCUUUCACUUUUAAAGUCAUCCAAAGUCAUAAAAGAUCAAUACGUAGAAUAUAUAAGACAGAAAGCUACCGUGACUCAAGUUCUUCAGGAAUACUACUCGAAUGAAGACUUACCUUUAGAAGAACGUAACACUAAUAUGUUACCAUUUCGAAAGCUAAAACUAUCAAGCUACAUUAAUCGACAGCAAUCUGACAAACGUCUUUGUAAGAAUAUCAGAAAAAACUUUGGCAACGAUGCUGUUAUUGUUAUUGGUAACUGGUCUGCGGGGAAUGUCAAGUUCCAUGAACCGAUUAGAGGAGUUGGCAUGAGAAGAAUGCUUCAAAAAGAAGGUUUUCUGGUACACCUGAUUGAUGAAUUCAAAACAUCCAGUAUAUGCCCGGUAUGUAAAGGUGAUGUAGAAACUUUCAAAGAAAUCGUGAAUCCAAGGCCCUUUAGAAGGGAAAAAUAUCCAACCGUAAAACGUCAUGGUCUUUUAAGAUAUGAAACUUUUAAUUAUGCUUAG